CGGAAGUGCGGCUCGGCGGGGGUGAGGGGUGAGAGGUGAGAGCGGCGGCGGCCCCGGAAGUGGAAGCCCGUGAGCGGCGCUGCCUCCCAUUCUCCCGCCGCCCGCGGCGCGCACGAGGGCUUCCCGCCUGCGCUUGCCUGCCGCGCGCCGCCGCCAUGAGCCUGCCCCUCAACCCCAAGCCCUUCCUGAACGGGCUGACGGGGAAGCCGGUGAUGGUGAAGCUGAAGUGGGGGAUGGAGUACAAGGGCUACCUCGUCUCCGUCGACGGCUACAUGAAUAUGCAGCUGGCAAACACAGAGGAGUAUAUAGACGGCGCGUUGUCUGGACACCUGGGUGAAGUUUUGAUAAGGUGCAAUAAUGUUUUGUACAUCAGAGGUGUGGAAGAAGAGGAAGAAGAUGGAGAAAUGAGAGAAUAGGUGUUUUGUAUAUCUGGAAAUAAACUUUUUUUGUUUUGGUUUUUUUUUCA